AAGUGUCAACAAGAUGGGCAUUAACCUAUGUUUGUGAUUAUACUUGUUCAAUUUCGAUCGUACGUGAAAUCAGGAAAAUAAUACAAAAUUGUGUCUAACUAUGGAUGAUUUCCAUGCUUUUAUAACUUUGUCUUUGAAAUCUUUCGCUCUUGGAUAACAAAAUUUACGGAUGGUCCGUAGAUGAUGGAGAAGAAGAACCUGUUGAAGAAUGCCCCCUCGUCGAAGCACUGUCCGGGAUAUGUGCCCCACUUCUGGAGGAAGGUGUGCCGCCACUGCAGGUGCCCGCGCGAGGAGCACGAGGGCCCCAGUGGAGUCUCCAACAUGGCGGAGAGCGAACGCAUCGUGCACAAGAUGGCGGCCCACUUCGGGGCCGGGCCCCCCGUGGACAGGCCCGGCUCGCACUCGGACGACGACUCUGGCUGCGCCCUGGAGGAGUACACGUGGGUGCCACCAGGGCUCAAGCCUGAACAGGUGCACCUGUACUUCAGUGGAUUGCCCGAGGCUAAGGUACCGUAUGUGAACAGCGUGGGCGAGAGGUAUCGCAUCAAGCAGCUGCUGCACCAAUUGCCGCCCCACGACAACGAGGGGCGUUAUUGCAACGCCCUCAGCGAGGAGGAAGCGCGGGAACUGCGUCUCUUCUCCCAGCAGAGGAAAAAGGAGGCACUGGGCAGGGGUACACCACGACAACUGCUACAAGAUGGCCCCAUGCCUUGCAAAAACUGCGAGGAGUCCGUGUCCCGUGGCGACAUGGGCGUUUUCGCGUCCCGUGCUGGUGCCAGUUCCUGUUGGCACCCUGGUUGCUUCACCUGUUGUGUCUGCAAGGAACUGUUGGUGGACCUCAUCUACUUCUUUCGUGACGGCAAGUUGUACUGUGGGAGACACCACGCAGAAAGUUUGAAGCCUAGAUGCGCUGCUUGUGACGAGAUCAUCUUCGCCGACGAGUGCACCGAGGCCGAGGGUCGCGCCUGGCACAUGCGCCACUUCUGCUGCUUCGAGUGCGACCGGCAGCUGGGCGGGGAGCGUUACGUGAUGCGGGACGGCAGGCCCUUCUGCCUGCACUGCUUCGAUGCCACUUUCGCCGAGUACUGCGACUCCUGCGGCGAUCCCAUCGGCGUCGACCAGGGACAGAUGUCGCACGAGGGACAGCACUGGCACGCCACGGAGCACUGUUUCCGGUGCCACGCGUGCCAUACGCCACUCCUCGGGAGGCCCUUCCUGCCCAGGAAGGGACUCAUCUACUGCUCCGUCCACUGUAGCAAAGUUGGAGACCAACUCAACAGCUCAAACAAAAGGAACAAAGUCCCAGGUGGGACAUCCGAGUGUCGCACGUCUAGCCCAUUAUUAGUCCCGAGGAGUCCACUUGUUCCAUAUCGCAACGCACCUUCCAGUGAUCCUCUCAUACCGCAAAAUGUAUCUCAACUGGUUGAGGAGAAAAACAAGAGCUUAUUUAAGAAGGAUAAUUCAAUGUUGCCGAAAGAUAAUGCUUUGGCAGAGUGUGAUGAUAAAUCCUCCUUGAAUGGACGUUCUCGUGAUCCCAUUAAUAUGUCAGAUUUAACACUGGAUGCAUUGAUGUCCAAGUCGCCACAAGUCUUUGUUCAGGUUGUGGAAGAAAUUCAGGAACAGAGGCGAGAUCGCAGUCGUGUCCAUCACAGAAGAACAACAGCCCACUUCUCUAUGCCAGAUCUCACUAGAGACACAGGAUCGGCCACGCCCCCAGACAGCCCCCUCAAAGACACUGCUGAAGUGAACAGCAGUGGCACAGUGUCCUCCAAGAAGCUCAUUGUCCGCUUCAGCCCUUCGACAGCAAAGCUUCCCCCGUCCAGCGAGGAUGAAGAACAAAGGAACCUAUCCCAGAGGGUAGAACGUUCUUCGUCAUCAGGGAGCGAAGAAACUUUCACCAAGAGCAGCAACACUACUACGCCCAACAAGCGGAACUCUGCUGUCCUUCGGAGCAGGAGCUAUGGCGAUCGCUCAGAGCUUGAGUCCAGCUUCCAGAGGGCUCCCCGAGGAUCUGAAGACAGAUGUCAGGAUGACAGAUGCAGCACUUGUUCAAGUUCCAGCUCGGAAGAUGAUCCGUACGAACUUCCUCCUAGACGGGCAUACGGAGGGGUACGCAUAUCGUACGUCAGCAAUGAUGCUCUUGCUGUGGCCAGGCAAAGAUCUGGAACUUUGCAGUCUUCCGGAGCAAAGAGUUUGAGGAGAAGACGGAAACACGAUGACAAAAACUGCCUUGUCUCUUGAUACCUCUCUCUUUUUUCAUUCCAUCCAUUUCGCCAGUACAAAAGCAUGAUCAUGAGCUUCCACAAGAACAAUUGAAACUAGUGUAAUAUACAGGGUGCAGGUUGUUUAAUUCAUGGAGUAAGAUGUCCAACACUUUGCAUAAUUCAUAAUCAAUGUUAGCCAUUCAGAGAGAAACAGCAUGAGAGUUAUGCAGUUAUGGUAUUUUGAUUUGAAUACAUUAUUAACUAAAAAUGUGAAGAUUUAAAAA